AUGUUUAGAGUUGCGGCUCGAUCACUCUUACAAACCACACGACCUAUUUUUAGGGUGUCCUCUCGAAAUUUCGGCGCCACUACUGUUAGAUGGAAAGCAAUAUCACAAGAAGAUGCCGAAAUUCUCCACAGUCCUAGAGAAAGCGAUGACGUCGAUGUAUGCAUCGUUGGGGGUGGCCCAGCUGGACUUGCAACUGCCAUUAAAUUGAAACAACUUGAUCAUGAACAAGGAGAUGGUGAGUUAAGGGUUGUUGUGUUGGAGAAGGCCGCCGAUUUUGGCUCCCACAUUCUUUCGGGAGCUGUGCUUGAGCCGCGAGCACUCAAGGAACUCUUCCCUGACCUGGAUCAUGAAGGCAUACCUCUCCCAGAAGAAUUGGUAACAAAGGUAACUCGCGAUCUGAUGAAAUACCUUACUCAAGAAUAUGCAUUCCCAUUACCCGAACCUCCACAGAUGAAAAAUACCGGAAAGAACUACAUCGUCAGUUUGAAUGAGGUUGUCAAAUACCUUGCCGAGCAAGCAGAAGAAUUAGGUGUUGAAUUAUACCCCAGCAUUUCGGUGUCUGAGCUUAUCUACGACGAUUCUGAUGCCGUGAAGGGUGUUGCUACCCGAGACAUGGGCAUCAAUAAGGCGGGCUUGCCCAAAGAUCUGUUUGAACGAGGGAUGGAAUUCCACGCUAAGUUUAUCGUCCUCGCUGAGGGAUGCCAUGGUCUGUUGACGAAGCAAGUUAUGUCCAAGUAUGGCCUACGCGAUAACGUUGAUCCACAGACUUAUGGCAUUGGUCUCAAGGAAGUUUGGGAAGUUCUCCCCGAAAAUUUCGAAAAAGGCUUUGUUGGUCAUUCUAUGGGCUAUCCGUUGUCUGGCGAAUAUGGUGGUGGUUUUAUGUACCACUGGGGUGACAAUAUGGUUAGUGUGGGGCUUGUCGUUGGUUUAGACUACGCAAACCCGUAUUUGUCGCCGUAUCAGGAAUUCCAAAAGAUGAAAAAACAUCCAUUCUAUGCAAAUGUGUUAGAGGGAGGUACCUGCAUUUCUUAUGGUGCGAGAGCGUUAAACGAAGGUGGACUUCAAUCAGUUCCUAAGCUCUCAUUCCCCGGUGGUGUACUUGUUGGUUGCGGCGCUGGUUUUAUGAAUGUCCCAAAGAUCAAAGGAUCGCACACUGCAAUGAAAUCAGGCAUGUUGGCAGCAGAAAACAUCUACGAAAGUUUGGAUUGUGAAGGUCCUGUGACUCUCAAUACUUAUGACGCUGCCUACAAAAAUCUGUGGAUAUACGACGAGUUGCACGAGGUGAGAAAUGUUCGUCCCUCAUUCGCUAAUGGUAUCAUCCCUGGAUUGAUCCAAUCAGGCUUAUCGACGUUCAUUACCAAAGGAAGCGAGCCUUACACAUUGCAUCAUCACACUACAGAUGCGGCCGCUACUCAACCGGCGGCUAACUUUAAACCCAUCGAUUACCCUAAAGCUGAUGGAGAACUCACCUUUGACAUAUUAACAUCGGUAUCACGUACUGGUACCUAUCAUGAUGAUGAUGAACCGUGCCACUUGCGUAUUCCCAAUAUGGAUUAUGACAAGCAUUCGGAAAUUUCAUAUCCCAAGUUUAAGGGGAUUGAGCAACGCUUUUGUCCCGCUGGCGUGUACGAAUACGUAGAAGACGAGCUGAAGCCCGAUGGGGUGAGCUUCAAGAUCAACUCACAAAACUGCAUCCACUGCAAAACGUGUGACAUUAAAGUGCCGACGCAGGACAUCAAUUGGACUGUUCCCGAAGGUGGUGACGGACCAAAGUACGUGAUGACCUAA